ACGUCCUUCCGGUGCCAGGGCCGCGACGUCGGGUUCAGUGGGGUGCGUGCGCCCACCGCCAAUUGCAUCCAUUGCAAUUUGCAUCAUCGAAGUGCUGGCAUCGUGUUGCGUUCCCACGGAUCGCUUUGCUCGUCUGGCUAGGCCUGCGCGAUAUUCUGCGGUGUGUUGCCACUGGGCUUGAGACGCCUUGUGGGUUGUGCUCGUUGGAACGUCGUAUAUACGCCCCUCCCCUCCCCUCCCCUCCCCGGCUGCUUCGGAUUGCGUUUGGUAUAGCUCGCGUUGGAUUUUUUGGCGCUUGUUGGAGUCAUUCCCCUUGAUUGGGGAGGAGGGCUGUGAGGUGUUUCAUUUUUUGUGGCUUUCGAGGCGUGGUUUUAUAUGGGUGCGCUCUGCUUAUUGUGGGUAUCUAAACAUGGAUAUGGGGGUUAUUAGGGUUUGUAUUGGGACGUGACACGCGGGUUUCGUGUUUCUGGACUUAAGGGCAAUCUUGCGCCUUCGCUCUGUUGGCUAUCGUCAGGGAUUCGUGACGGUUUUUUGAAAUUUCUGGGUACUUCUUGGCGUAGCACUACCAUUCAUACUGUGGUGACCUUGUGCACGCUGGAUUGGAGAUUGCAACAGGGGAGCGAAAGUUCAAGGGCAGUUUUAUUCAGGGUAGAGAUAUCCCUAAAUUAUUGUUGGGUUCUUCCAGCCGUGAAUAUGCCUUCAGUUGCAGGGGAAUCAGGGUUGCUUGAAAGGAUCACAAGUCAAAGGGAGGUGAUGGUAUCUCUGGGUUGUCUAUCCCUCGUACUUCUGACUCUUUUUUUCGGUCGUGGAAGCGCGGAUGUGCUUCUGCUCAAUACAAGGAAUGAAUCUAGAUCUUUUCCGGACAUGGAAGCCGCCUUCGCUCGACCCGUACCAGAUGAAGGUGUGACCGGCAUAUUGCACGUAGCAAAUCCACUCGAUGCAUGUGCCCCUUUAAAGAACCAUAUCCCGGAGGGCGAGCCAUUAGUUCCCUUUGUUGUGAUAUCACGGGGUACUUGCAAUUUCGAUAAGAAGGUGAAGAAUGCGCAAGUUGCUGGAUUUCAAGCUGCUAUUGUGUACAAUACGAUGGAUUUCACCGACGAGAUGAUCACAAUGUCAGGCUCAGCUGAAGAUAUAGACAUAUAUGCAGUAUUUGUCUCUUGGAAUACUGGCCAAGCUCUUCUGGGUGCUGUGGGGGAUAAUAAUGUAACAUGUACUUUGCAAGCAGCUGCUGAGGACACCGCUUGGUCAAUCAUGGCUGUUUCUUCGAUCUCGCUUCUUGCAGUAUCAGCGGUGCUGUCUACCUUUUUCUUUGUCCGGCGUCAUAGAUUACGACAUCUUGGUUCUCGUUUCUUAUCGCGAGAACCCUCUGGAAUGAAUGCUCGGGAUGUACAGGCACUCCCCACCUUCAUCUUUGAAGACGCCGGUGGAGAUGGAGCUGCUACUGGAGAAACAUGUGCUAUUUGUCUAGAGGACUAUGAGAGCGGACAAAAGCUUCGGCAUUUACCUUGUGACCAUGACUUUCAUGUCGGAUGUAUAGACCAAUGGCUACUCACUAGGAGGCCUUUCUGUCCUAUAUGCAAGCAGGAUGCGAACGCUGCACCCAGACAUCAAGCAGCUACAGAGACGACUCCUUUGCUCGUUCCUCCUGCCGGUCGUGCUGUCCCUGUCCCUUCCAUGUCGUCAGCAGCCACUCAAACCUCACCUGUAGGCUCUCCUGGGGUUCACACCACUCAGUCAUUGCCAGCAAAUGUGGCAGGAGAAGACUUGUGCUAACUUCUGUAUACUGCUCUCUGGUCUCUAAGAGGACAAACUCCAAUUCCCAGAGAUCAUCGUCAGAUGGAGGUGUGCCAUAUGUGUAUUGACAAAUUUGACCUCGAUUUAGCUUAUACAUGUGUGUUUUGAGAAGGGUGCACUGCUCAUCCAAUUUCCCCGCUGUGUCGAUGGCGCUACAAGCAGGAGAAGAUCGGCAGUGAGCGAUUUACGGAUUUCUUCCAUGUGUGGUAGAGUAGAGUUUAGUUCAGAGCAUGGAGAAGUGUUCUGGUGUACGAUAGAUAUUAUUAUUGCAAGUUGUUGGGACUGUUCUGCUCAUGGAAGGAAUAUGGGAGAAGCUCUUGUUUCCUGGUGUAAAUGCACACCAUUAGAUUAACUGUCCGCAUGCUUUUGUUUGGGCUUGAUGUGUAGACUCCAAUGUCGGAUUGUUGUGUACAUUGCCCAGUGUUCUGCAAUGGACAAGCUGGCAUCAGUAUGCCUCUUCAUUCAUUCAGAUAACGAUCCACACCGUCGAACAGUUUUAUAGCUUGAAGAGAAGGGGGAUUACAUUCAGUAAUCUUCAUUAAGUAGCUGUCCAUAAUGAUGGUGUGUCCAACAAGCAAUGUUGCAAGUGUGCAAGUAGCGAAUAUGAAAUUUAUUAUAAUAUGGGUUA